CAACACCGAUAAGCAUCACUGCGUCGCCCUUGGCACACUCUACCUCCGCGAUUCACCUUUCGGCAACAGUUGUUGGCAGAGCGGGGUCCCUCGCCGCCUGCUCCUCAGAUUGUCACGAUGGUGGACACAGAAGCCAAUGUACCGACAUGGAAGUUCACCCAGUGCUUUGGUGACAAAGGGGAUGUGGAGGACAUAACGGAAGCCGAUAUCAUCUCCACCGUCGAGUUCGAUCACACUGGUAACUAUCUGGCAACUGGUGAUAAGGGCGGUCGUGUCGUUCUAUUUGAGCGCAACGAGACAAAAAAGACUUGCGAGUACAAAUUCCAUACCGAAUUUCAGUCGCACGAACCCGAGUUCGACUAUCUCAAGUCCCUCGAGAUCGAAGAAAAGAUCAACAAGAUCAAGUGGUGCCGGCGGCAGAAUGCUUCCCACUAUCUCCUGUCGACAAACGACAAGACGAUCAAGCUUUGGAAGGUGUUCGAGAAGUCUCUCAAGGUUGUGGCCGAGAACAAUCUCUCUCACGACUUGACGCCGGCGAACAUAGCUGGCGGAGGUGGAGCCCCGCGCCCGAUGCCCGCCGUCCGGUUUCGCAGCGCCAGUGACCUGAAGCUUCCGAGGCUGACACACCACGAUACCGUCGUCGCAGCGGUACCCCGACGGACGUAUGCCAACGCCCACGCCUAUCACAUCAACAGCAUCUCGGUCAACAGCGACGGGGAGACCUUCAUCAGCAGCGAUGAUCUGCGUAUCAAUCUGUGGAACCUGAACAUCCAGGACCAGAGCUUCAACAUCGUCGACAUCAAGCCGGCGAACAUGGAAGAGCUGACCGAGGUGAUCACGGCGGCCGAAUUCCACCCCCUGAGCUGCAACUGGUUUAUGUAUGCCAGCUCCAAAGGAACCAUCAAGCUCGCAGACAUGCGACAGAGCGCGCUGUGCGAUCAACAUGCCAAGUUGUUUGAGCAGGAGGAGGAUCCAUCGUCGAGGUCCUUCUUCUCCGAGAUCAUCUCGUCCAUCUCCGACGUUCGCUUUUCCUACGACGGCCGGUACAUCCUUUCGCGCGACUACCUGACUGUCAAGAUUUGGGACGUGAACAUGGAGAGGCAGCCUAUCAAGACGAUUCCCAUCCACGAGCAUCUCAGGCCACGACUGUGCGACACGUACGAGAACGAUAGCAUUUUUGACAAGUUCGAGGUGGUGUUCUCAGGAGACGGCAAGAACGUGAUGACGGGCAGCUACAACAACAACUUCAUGAUUUAUCCGUCAGACCCGGAGAAGGAGAUCGAGGUGGUGCUGCAGGCGGACAAGUCGGCAUUCAAGGCGAAGAAGGUUGGCGUUCCGACACCCAUCAAUUCGUCGACGAGCCCAACCGCAAACGGCAAGAAGGGCGGCUCUCGGGCGGGCAGCCCAGCGGCGCCGGGCCAAGGGCAGAGGAUGCGCAAGGAGACGGACGCGGACCAGAUCGAUUUCAACAAGAAGAUCUUGCACAUGAGUUGGCAUCCUUUUGAGGAUAGCAUCGCAAUCGCCGCGACGAAUAAUCUGUUCGUCUUUUCCGCCCUGUAGAGGCGGCGAAUGCGAACCACACUAUGUCAGAGGAAUGCCCGCCUGCUCGAGGGGCUUGUGGAAGACUCCUAGGGACUUGAC